AUGCCCCUGCCAGGCACCAAGGUACAUCCUCUCGCUGUGAGAUGUCCCUCGAUGACACCUCUGCCCCGUUCCCUAAGCCUCUCCUUACAAGGCGUCCAUAAGGCAGGAUCUCCACCACAACAUUUACAAGCCACUAUCACGUCUGGCACAAGGCUCACAUGCUCCGCAGGCCUACGCGGCCAUCUCGGGGUAGUCGGCCCCGAGGAGCCAACCCUGUGCCGCCUUCCCUGCCCCGACACCCCGCCGGGGUGGCCGGGCCCGCCGCCACAUGCUGCAGCGCUGCUGCUCCGCACCUGCACCCGCCGCGGGCCUCGGCGGCCCCUUCCUCCCUCAGCGCGCUCCCUCCCGCCCGCCCCCCGCAAUCCGCCCGGCACGGCCACCCGCAACCCGCGGCCUCCGCGCUCCCCCACUCUCCGCCCUAGGAAGGCCGUGGUGCUCCCAUCAGAGCCGGCGGUCCCCCGCCCGCCCCUGUCGGCAGCAGGACCCUGCAGGCCGCGUCCCCCCUCCGUGUUCCCGACCCCCUCGUCCCCGCCGCGUCCCCCCGAGCGGCGGAGGGCCGCGAGCGCUCACCGUGCGUGCGCACAAAAUGGCGCCCCGGCUCCAAAGGAAGGGGGAGGUGCCGCGCCCGCCCUUAACAGCGGGGCCUUGGCGGGGCUGCCCGCGCCGCGCCUGACGAGAAGGGAAUGGCCUGAGGGGCAGCGACCCCCGGGAUGCUGA